AUGCCUGGAAGGGUCUUGCCGACAUUCACCUCCGCCGAGGUUGAAUCCCAUAACACCGCCAAGUCCUGCUUCGUUACCUUGGGGCGCAAUGUUUACGAUGUCACCGAUUUCCUGGACGCCCACCCCGGUGGCGGUGAUCUGAUUCUGGAGUAUGGAGGCAAGGAUGCUACAGAUAUCCUCAAGGACGAAAUCUCCCACGUACAUACCGAUGCUGCCUAUGAAAUAUUGGACGACUACCACAUUGGCUUCGUCUCCAAUGGCUCGACGCCCGGAAAAUCGUCCGCUACUGCCAUUGAGACCGAAACAGGUUCAGCUCCCAUCUACGCCAGCACCGGAUUGUCCCGCGCGGAAGAUCUCUCGAUCGACACGGACUACACCCAGGAUUUCAAGACCCACAAGUUCCUGGACCUGAACAAGCCGCUCCUCAUGCAGCUAUGGAACAGCAACUUCUCCAAGGAGUUCUAUCUGGAGCAGAUUCACCGGCCCCGUCACUACCGGGGCGGAGAGUCUGCUCCUCUGUUCGGCAACUUCCUUGAGCCUCUCAGCAAGACCUCGUGGUAUGUUGUUCCGUCCAUCUGGCUGCCUCCGGUUAUCUACGGAACCAUGGUCGGAUUAUCAGGACUUGGAAACAUUUCUGUCACUGCCUCCUACUGGAUUGGCGGUGUUUGCCUGUGGACUCUGAUCGAGUAUCUGAUGCACCGAUUCCUCUUCCACGUUGACCACUGGCUUCCCGACAACCGUGUCGGUCUGACCCUUCACUUCCUGCUCCACGGUAUCCACCACUACCUCCCCAUGGACAAGUACCGCCUUGUCAUGCCCCCGACGCUAUUCGUGAUCCUGGCUUUCCCCUUCUGGAAGCUAGCCCACACAGUCUUCUUCUACAACUGGUUCGCAGCCGUGACAGUAUUCUGCGGCGGAGUCUUCGGAUAUAUCUGCUAUGACUUGACCCAUUAUUUCCUACACCACCGCAACCUCCCUCUGCACUAUAAGGAACUCAAGAAGUACCAUCUCCAGCACCACUUUGCCGACUUUGAGAAUGGCUUUGGGGUGACAAGUCGGUUCUGGGAUCGUGUCUUUGGCACUGAGCUGGAGACUCCCCCUCCCAAGGGAACAAAGGCUCAGUGA